CGAUCUUCCUGAUCUUGACCUGCAUCGUUGCUCUAUCCUCUUCCCCCAAGGAAUAAACAGUCUCCCUCAUUUUAAAAAGAGAAAGCUACCUACUCUUUUGCUCUCGUGUCGUGCGUCGUUCUCCCACGCAAACGUUCCCUUCAACUUUCCCAAUCCGCCACCAGAACACACUGAGAACAAACUCUCUCACGCGAUCGAGUUUUGCCUUGACUUGACUCCCUCUUCUUCGCUGAACCGGUGAUUUACCUUCAUCAGUCAGCCAUUGUUUCCAUAAUGCCUACGCCACUUCCUUCGAGUUUUGCUUCGGCCGCUGCUGGCAAUACUCAGGACGCUUCCAGCAGGAGAGGUGACGGAACUGCCGGUGGAGAAUGGCCUCGAACUCGCAUGAACGGAGCAACACAGACUUUCCGCCGUCCGUCAGUCGCAACGAACCCUCCUCAAGCGCGAGACAUCCCUCAAACUACAUCUGCUACGCAUCCGACGGUCGGUGCUUAUACUCCCUCACACAUGACCUCAAAUCAAUCCAGCGCACUCCGCAACGGGGCCGGCGAGAAUCGUUAUUCAAAAGAACAACUGUUGAGUCUCUACAAAGCUCAGCGUGAGUCGGGUGCUCUCGGUAAAAACGUUGCGGAUUACUUUAUCGCCGACUGGAACCCUCACGUGGAGACUCCGCCCACCAACGGAGCAUGGGGAAAGCGAGAGGAUUCCAAGGAUAAUCCCUCGGGACCUGAGAUUUGUUGGGAUCACGGCGGGCAGGUGGAGCCUCUGGGCUUAGUGGAUAUGACUGAUGAUGAGAAAGAGUUAUUUUCCGCUUCGGUCAACUCCCCGCUCAAGCCUCCCCCAACUAGUGCCACCAAGGAGAAUACCGGUGCUGUCACUGGAGGACGCAAGUCAUCCAUUUCGUAUCCUCAGAGCCACAUGAACAACUACAGCACCUCUUCCCCCAGCUCCGCGCGCCCUGGCCCUAGGCGUCGGGAAACCGGCGAUUCUGUGAGUAACGCCAUGUCUCCGACCACCGGUGGCUCCCGUUUCUUCCGCGACGAGCCGUCUACCUCUACCCCGCCUGCGUCUCUAUUGCGCCGCAAAACCGAUUUUCGCGAGACUACGUCUACCUCCAAGUGGGAUCAGAAGGAUAAGGAAGCUCCUACCCGUGAUGGUGGCUCUGGAGAAGUGGCCUCUCCGUUUGGUUCUCUGAAACGGAGCGCUACCAAUCCUACGGCUGCUGCGACCGGGGCACCAAGCUCUCCAUGGGGUGCCGCUUCGCAGAGCGCUAGCUUCUCGCCCAUGGGUGCCUUUGGGGCUUUCUCGUUGGGAACGAGCGCUUCUCAAACUCCAACCACGGAGAAGAAACCGGGCUUCGGAAGUGUACGCGGGGAGAGUCGCCUGAAGGGCUUAUUCUCCAAGGAUAGCUCAGAGGAUAUUUCAGCCUCCAUCAAGGAGAAGCCAACAGGGGGAGAAACGCUCGCAGUCACCCUGGGGGAAACUGUCAAGACGCGCACUGGCCGCAGUGAGACUAACCCAUUCGCAGAGGAGACUCGCAGUGGUAGCGCUGCCCUUGGGGGAUCUCAGGACGCGAGCGCGCCGUCUCAAACCGCGGACCAGCUGGGCUUCUCCGCCUUUGGAAUGACAUCCAGUAUUCCGGGCUUCAGAGAGCUCAUGCAGAGCCACGAGAAUUCUCGCAACCCCACGCCGAGCUUGCUCCCAGGCCAGGAGCCUACUAGCCCCACGAACACCAAUCCCUACCAAAGCCCGCACGGCGAACGGAUCGACGCUGACGAUGUCGAGACCGACGGAUCGGACAUUCAAAAUACCCAUCACCCUGGUCUCUCCGGUCUUCGAGAUACGUCCGGCCCAUUUGGCUCGAUUCGCAGAAUAGGGUCGGGAAUGGAUUUGCCUUCUAUCGACCGAAGUCAGACUUCCAGUGCCGCGGGCAACCGCAGCUUUUCUGGUCUGGGCGGUCUCGGCGGUCUUCCAACUCUUGGAGGCGCUUCGGCUUGGUCUUCUGGCGCUGUUGGGACUCCUACUCGAGAGAGGUCCGCCUUCUCUACCGGGUUCGGCGAUCCCAUCUUCGGCACGAUGGCUGAUCUCCAGUCGCCUAGUCUGUCAACGCUGGGAGGCGGCGGCAUCUUCAGCCCUGGUAUUACGGGUACCGGCAGCAUUGGCCGCUCCAGCAAGCUAGGCUCUCUAUUUCCCCCGGCAAUGCAGGAGCAAAUGCAAGGGGAUCAAGUCAGACAAGGCAGUUUGGAGGAUGGUCCUCAUCAUCAAGAAGUGUCACCGGGAGACAAAGCUGGUCAGCCGACGACGACCUCGACGUCCCAGACUCCUGUCUCUGCGAUCGGUUCCGUUCCGGCCUCUAUGGCUUCCGAAGCACCACAACCGGGUCAAACUCCCGGUCAGUCCGGAAGCAACGCUGGGUCUGUGCCUCCUGCUCAACAACGGACCAUGGUGAUGCCCGACCGAAUGCGCUGGAUUUACCGUGAUCCUCAGGGUAACAUUCAAGGACCAUGGACCGGGUUGGAAAUGCACGACUGGUUCAAGGCUGGCUUCUUCAGUCCCGAUCUGCAGAUCAAGAAGCUCGAAGAUCCAGAGUUUGAACCAUUGGCGCAGCUGGUGCGACGCAUUGGGAACUCACGAGAACCUUUCCUCGUCCCUCAGAUCGGAAUUCCUCAUGGACCCGACCCCAGCGGUAGUGCUCCUUGGACCGGAACCACCACCGGUACCGCGCAGCCUCCCUUCCCUGGCAGUUUCCCGAGUUUUGGUACCACUUUGACCGCCGAGCAGCAGAACGCUCUGGAGCGUCGGAAGCAAGAGGAACAGUAUUUGAUGGCCAGACAGAAGGAGCACCUCGCUCAGCAGCAGGCGAUGAUGAAGCAGAUGCAGUUGCAAGGCGCCGUCCAUCCUGGCAUCCACCCUCAACUUCAGCAUCAUUCCAGCGCUCACAGCCUUCACAGCCAGCCUAGCUUUGGAAGCAUUGCUUCGCCCAUUGGAUUCCAGCCAUCUCCGAUUCAGGGGCCAAUGCAGCAGCAGCCGCCCCAGUCUGUGGCCGGCUUUUUCGAUGCAGCAGCACCAUUGAGGCAGGGGCCGCAGAUGGUGGGAACCGAUCUGGUCAAUAGCCCACAUCAGCUUGCGCCUCUCCUUGAUCGCUUGAACAUGAGUCGCCCAGAUCCGUUCGCCUUUGGUAGCCCGUCGUCUUUUGCGGCUCGCCAGCCGGACAAUCUCUUUCAUUCCCAACAAGUAGCCACGAUGUUGCAAGACCGUGCCCGGCUGCAGCAGGAACAAGAACAGUUUGACAUUGCUCAGGGAGACAGCCUUUUCGAGCAGCAGGCCCGCGAAGACCGGCUUCGUCAGUUUCAUGCACUGAGAGCGCAGGAAGGCGAUUUCGGCAUGCAAAGUGCUGAAGGCCUUCCUUCCCACCAUGCUGCCGAGCCUUCCCAACAGCAGGAAUUCGCACCCAUUGGUUCUCCUCAGAAGACCGGUACCAGCUCUGGUGUUGACCAGGGCACCGCUCCAAGCGAGGAAGCCCCGCUCACUCUGUCUCAACAAGUCCAGAAAGCUGCAUCCGCUCAGAGACAGCAGCAGCAGGAACAACAGGAGCAGCAGCAGCAGCAGCAGAAUGAGCAAUCUCAAGCCGAUUCCGUGUGGGGAACCAAAGAUGACACCGCUAUGCCUCCUCCGCCUUCUGCAUCGCCACUCCCCGCUCCUGCCGCACAGCGCAACCGUCAGAAUGUCGCCGAGUCCCUGGCAGCGAACUCGCGGUCCCAGACACAGACUCCUGUCGAGGCUCCCACCACAUCCAUCGCGCCUUGGGCCAGAGGGGGUAACGAAGUGCCCAAAGGACCUUCGUUGAAGGAGAUUCAAGAGGCGGAGGCUCGUAAUGCUGCUCAGAGGGAAGAGAUGGCUGCUGCCGCUCGUCGUGCCCAACUCCUUGCCGAGCAGGAGCGUUUGAGCCAAGCGCAAGCGCAGGCCCCUGGUCUUCCAUCCACCGCUAACUGGGCCAGUGCUGGAUCUCCUGCUACCCCGACGUCCACCGGUUCCGUUUGGAGCAACAAGGGUCAAGCCACUACCACAGCUGGUGGAGCGAAGAAGACGCUUGCUCAGAUCCAAAAGGAAGAGGAAGCCCGCAAGCAGCGCCUGGCGGCAGCGGCAGUGGCUGCUCAGACCGCAGCUGUUUCUCCACCCGCGACCUCCUCGACCGGCAAGCGGUAUGCAGAUCUCGCCAGCAAGGCUCCUGCGACAGCCCCCGUUGCCGCAGUCAGCUCCGGUGCCUGGACUACCGUGGGCGCCGGCGGCAAGCCCAAGCCUCCCCCUGCCGCACCAUCUGGUCCCCGCGCUUCCAGCGGUAAUGUUCCAUUGGCCGCAUCGCCCGCGAAGCCCCGGGCCGUACCCGUUGCCUCUCCCCGCCCUGUGGCCGUUGGUAGCGCCCCGCCAUCAAACGCCAACCGCGCUCUGGAGGAGUUUACCAAAUGGGCCAAGUUGUCUUUGGGUAAGGGGCUGAACAGCAACAUCAAUGUGGAUGACUUCGUGCAACAAUUGCUCCUCUUGCCCGCCGAGGCGGAGAUCAUCUCGGACUCGGUGUAUGCUAACUCGCAGACGCUAGAUGGUCGGCGAUUUGCGGAGGAGUUCAUUCGCCGUCGUAAGCUAGCGGACAAGGGCAUUGUUGACCCAGUGGCACCCAGCGCCCUUGCGGACCAGAAGAAUGCUGCCGGAGGCGGAUGGAGUGAAGUGGCCAAGAAGGGGUCGUCCAAUGUGCACCGCGAAGAAGAGAGCAGCAACGCAGCGUUCAAGGUGGUGGCCCCACGUAAGAAGGGCAAGCGGUGAUUGAUGAACCUGCACAUGGGCUGUGUGAUGUCGAGAAUACUUGAUCGACCAGUAUCCUGUUGUUCUGGUGUGUAGAUAUGAGAUCUACGGCCUAUUUGGGUAUGCGCGUUGUCCGCAGCUGGGCUUGUCUUUUGCUUGUGUAAUCUAUUAGAAUAAAUCGUCGAUACAUCUGUAUCAAUAGAGCCAAUUGCGUCCUGUGCCACUUGUUAGGGUUUCUCAUUGACAGUGUCCGCAUUAUGAUUAUCUGG